ACUGGUUCCACGCUACCGACACAGGGAGCAGCAACACGAUACCACAAGUGAAACAGCUUAAUCUAAGUUGAACAUAAAAUAGAUAAAGAUGGUGGGAAAGAUAAAACAUGUCCGCCAGAAGCUUCACCAGGAGGCGGUGAAGCUGGACAGGCCGAGCAGCCCCUCUGCGCCCUCCGGGUCUGUGUUGUCUCCUGUCCCGGUCCUACACAGCGUUACUCCUCCGUGUCUGGAGAACAAGCAGCGGGACAAACAGGUCCUGACAGAGAGCUCCUUCCCCACUGGGAUCUUCGCUGGCACGAAAAUCACUCCAGAGGCUCUGGUACAAACACUGAAGUGUGAAGAGAGUCCAGAUGUACCUGUACCUGUACCUGCCAAGAAAGGCCCAGAAGAGAAAAGACUCAAGUCAAAGAAAGAGAAGAUGAAGGAGAGGAGGGAGCGGUGGCUCAACAAGAUCAGCUCCAUCAAACAAGCCCAGGAGCGUCAGGCGGCCGAGGCCCGCAGACAGGCCACUCCCGUGGUUGGAGACUUGAGGCCGCUGGCCGACGCCCUGCCAGAGCUAUGCCAGCUCAUCGGCCCCCCCGCCACCACAGCCCUCGCCACUCGCCGCAAGAGCAGGAAAAACAAAGUACCUGUGAAGAGGCCUGAGCCAACAGAUUUCAGUCAGAUGAAACAGUCCCAGAAACGCAAACUCCUAGAAACAGAGAGCAGCCGCUUCAGCGAUGUGGUAAAGACUCUCUCUGGCAGAGUGAAUCCUCUGGCUGAUAUCGGCGAGCAGCUGAGGAAGAGGAUGAGGCAGGAGGAAGAGCAAGGAACCAGCUAACAGCAGCACACUCGAGUGCUUCCACAGACUUUAAAGAUCCCUGAAUCCCGGUCUACACUUGACUUUGUCAGGGAAACCUGACCCUGGAGGAAGAACCUGACACCUGGUUACUCAGUCUGACUGGAUGCUGAGGAUACUGACUGGUUCCUGGUGAAGAUGCAGAGACAAGUGGCAUAAACUGUAGCAUUUGUAAAUGAUGACUUUAACACAGAUUCUUUAGGUUGAAUUAUCAUUAUCAUCUCCUCUGCAGUAAUAAAUCACAAAUCAGUCAAAACUGCAAUUUAAUGUGUAUUUGAAUAUACAGUGGAUUUUAUUUUAGCAUAAAACUGCAACACAAAGUGUAAAAAGUGAAGGGGUCUGAAUGCUCCAUGUGCAUUUGCAAUAUCUGCAAAUCAAAGCAUUUAAUAGUCAACACAUGAGCCUGGUUUCGAUGAGCUCCUCCACAAUCAUUCCCACUCAUCUAUUUUCAGUGUCUUCUCAUUGUGCCGUAUCCAGAAUGAGAUCAGUGACUCAUCAGCAAUAACCAUAGCAACUCCACUCAUCCAUGGACACCAAUAUGUUGUCAGGGCGCCGAGGAGCCAUGAAGCUGAAUGAAAAUAUUGUCAAACUGUCAUCAAUAAGCAGAUCAACAUUUACGGAGAGCUCUAGGAAUCAUAUGCAGCAUAUGCUGCACAUCAUGGACUUGACGUGUGGGUGCUGAGGAUGUCAAACUCAUCACGGUAUCUUAACAGAUUUUUUUUUUUUGCAUAUAAUUAAAUAUGUUUAUAUAGAAACUCUUUCUGCCACUUGAAAAUAAAACCUCAUCUACAGUUUUUCCUUCUUUACAAGGGUUUUUUUUCCCUAAAAAAUUCAAAUUUUGUCAUUGUAGGAAGUUUUGAAUUAUUAAUCUCAUAGUUAGUAUUUAAGUUAGUAUCUCGAAUCUCAUACAUUUCUAAUAAGUUUCAUAUUAUAAUCUAUGAGAAUCAGAAUACAGUUACAAACCAACUAACGAAUGUGAUUGCAGCUGCAAACCAACUAACCAACCAGAUUA